CUCUUUUUUUUUCUCCUUAAGGUUGCGUUAAAAACUACAUUGUUUGGUUAAUUUCCACAAGUUGAAACAGUUUUAAAAUUAUCUUAGCUUUAAUUGAAUUAUACGCCUAAAAUGUUGUACUAUCAUUAUUAAUCAGCGUAUUUCCAAUGAAAGUAAAGCUCUGACACGUGACCACGAGUAGUUGACAUGCACAACUUUUCCCCGAGUUUGGUCUGCGGUGCCGUGGGUGCGGGAUGCAGGGGACAGAGAGGGCAGACAAAGAUGUGAAAAAGAAGCUUUGGAAGUUUAAACAUUCUUCAUCGUAUGAUUAAAAAAAAAAACAUGGCGAAUUUAAGUGUUCCUUGGGAGGCUCUCAAUUUGACUAUCGCGCUGACUCACCGGGCUGAAGUCCUGGAAAAUCCACUUCAGACGUAUAUCCUGGGAAUCAUCAUCUCUAUUUGUGGGAACAUCCUCAUCAGCAUUUCACUCAACAUACAGAAAUAUGCCCACGUCCGUCAAUCUCAGCGUGCCUCCAAGCCCUACUACACCUCUGUGCUGUGGUGGGGCGGUGUCCUUCUCAUGGGUGUUGGGGAAUUGGGUAAUUUUGCCGCCUACGGCUUUGCUCCAGCAUCUCUCAUAGCCCCACUGGGUUGUGUGUCUGUCAUAGCCAGCGCUAUCAUAUCUGUGAUUUUCCUGAAGGAGACGGUGUGCGUCUCGGACAUUUUAGGUAGCACGCUGGCAAUAACAGGAACCUACGUGCUCGUGACAUUCGCCCCCCACACAUCCACUCACAUUACAGCUCAUCUGGUCCAGUUCUACGCCAUCAGCUGGCACUUCUUGCUCUACCUGACAAUAGAGGUCAUCAUCUUUUGCAUCCUGCUCUUUCUCUACACCAAGAAGAAUAUGAAGCACAUUGUCAUUGUGAUGCUGCUGGUGGCGCUGCUUGCUUCUCUGACGGUCAUCUCAGUGAAGGCCGUGUCAGGAAUGAUCACAGAAUCCAUAAAAGGUCAUCUGCAAUUCAUCUACCCAAUCUUCUACGUCAUGUUCGUCAUCAUGGUGGCAUCUUGUGCUUUUCAAAUCAAAUUUCUUAAUCAGGCAAUGAAGAUGUUUGAUGCCACAGAGGUUGUUCCCGUCAACUUUGUGUUUUUCACUGCAAGUGCCAUCGUUGCAGGGAUAAUCUUUUACCAGGAAUUUGAAGGCUUAGCAUUGCUGAAUAUUUUCAUGUUCAUUUUCGGCUGCCUUCUGUCUUUCCUUGGAGUUUUCCUGAUAGCCCGAAACAGACCAAAAGCAAAGCAACAAGAUCGGAACUUUAUUGCAAUGGAUACGGUCCCAAGGAGGAGACAAACAGACAAAGUGCAGCCUGAGGCGAAAACUCAGACAUAUGGAUCGCUGGCAGCCAAGCUCAUGUGUAACAGAGCUGGCCAAACAGACGAGUCUUAGGACCAGACCCAUCUGUGGGGACUUUGGGGAAGUAUGUGAACACAUGGCCUGGACUGGACUGGGCCAGAAGUGAGAGAAAAAUGGGCGGUGUGGCCACUUAUAUCGGACACUAGUGACACACUCCUCUGUGGUGUUUUGUUUUUUUUUUUAAUUGGAGUGGAGAUUUUAAGAAACAACGGUCAAAAUACGAACUGAACGGUUCAAUGUGUGACGACUUGUAUGUUAAAGAAAAAUGUACAAAUCUGAUCCUUUUAUGUCUGCAUAUAAAUAAAAAAAGUACUUCUGCCCCCCCGACGGUGAGGGAUGAAUGGAA